CAAAUUCACCCAAUCUUCAUAAAAGAAAAAGGUGUUUUGAUCUCUCAUAUAUCGAAGUCCAAGACGACCAUGAGACCGAGGUUGAUAGAUAGAGUCCCACCCAACUCAUGUCAUCUUCAUAUUUGUUUUAAAGUAUACAUUUGUAUUUCAUGUUUAAUAAUUUUUUAUAUAAACAUUUUUCUUUUAUUAAAUUGUUAAAUUAAACCCAUCUUUCUUGCACAAAAACUCGCCCGACUCAAAAUUCCAAUUUCUAUUUCUUCUCAUGUAAUAAUAAUUGAGUAUUUUGCUAUCAUGCUCCUUCGCUUUUCCCUCCAAUCCACACCCAUAAUCUCUCCCUCUCUUCUCCCCAUAUUUCAUAUUCCUUUCGCUUUCAAAGCUCUUCUUUACCCAGCUAAGCACCACUCCUUCUCUGCUCCCCGUGUCUAUGAUUGCAACGUUAGGAUCCGGGAACUUUCUCGGGCAGGUUACAUUAAAGCUGCCCGCCAACUGUUUGAUAAUAUGCCAGCUCCCGACGUCGUCUCCUGGAACUCUAUCAUUACCGGCUACUGGCAGAAUGGCUUUCUUCGGGAAUCGAAGAAACUUUUUAUUUCAAUGCCUGAUAGAAAUAUACUCUCCUGGAACUCCAUGAUCGCCGGUUGUGUCGAAAAUGGAUACUUAGAUGAAGCUUUCCAGUAUUUUAAAGCAAUGCCUGAGAGGAAUACCGAGUCGUACAAUGCGAUGAUGUCAGGGUUUAUAAGAUGGGAUAGAGUGAAAGAAGCUGAAAUGCUUUUCCAAGAAAUGCCUAGAAAGAAUGUGAUUUCUUAUACAGCAAUGAUGGAUGGGUAUAUGAAGGUAGGGGAAUUUGAGAAGGCGAGGGCUUUGUUUGAUGAGAUGCCGUAUAGAAAUGUUGUUUCUUGGACGGUGAUGAUUAGUGGGUAUGUUGAUAAUGGCAGGUUUAAUGAAGCCAAGGAGUUGUAUGAGCGGAUGCCCAAUAGGAAUGUUGUUGCUAUGACUGCUAUGAUAACUGGGUAUUUUAAGGAAGGGAAGGUGGAGGAUGCUAGGACCUUGUUUGAUGGAAUUUGGUGCAAAGAUCUACCCUGUUGGAAUGCAAUGAUAACAGGUUAUGCACUAAAUGGGAUCGGAGAGGAAGCACUUAAGUUGUGUUCAGAAAUGGUUAAGCUGGCUAUCCAACCGGAUAUUUUCACCCUUGUUUCUGUUUUCACUGCUUGUUCUGGUCUUGCAUCAGUUAAGGAAGGCAGGCAAAUGCACGUGCUUGUUAUAAAAUAUGGCUUUGAAUCAGAUGCUUCUUUGUGUCAUUCCUUGAUUAAUAUGUAUAGUAAAUGUGGUAGCAUUCUUGAUGCUGAGCAAGCUUUUAGACAAAUGAAUGGAGCGUGCCUUGUUUCAUGGAAUACAAUCAUUUCUGCAUUUGCGCAGCACGGUCUCUGUGAAAAGGCUGUUGAAUUCUUCAACCAGAUGGAAGUGGUUGGUGUUAAACCAGAUGGGGUAACUUUUCUUAGUUUAUUAUCAGCUUGUGGUCAUGCAGGGAAAGUAAAUGAAAGUAUGGACUUCUUUGACCUAAUGGUAAAAGAAUAUGGGAUUUGUCCUGGACCUGAACACUAUUCUUGCUUGGUUGAUACACUGAGUCGAGCAGGUCAGCUGGAAAAGGCAUCAGAAAUAAUACGAUCGAUGCCUUUUGAAGCUGAUGCUGGAGUCUGGGGUGCUCUUUUAGCUGCCUGCAGUGUUUACUUGAAUGUAGAAUUAGGGGAAUUAGCAGCUAAGAAAAUUGUGGAAUGGAAUCCACAUCAUUCUGGCGCUUAUGUUGUUUUGUCUAAUAUAUAUGCUGCGGCUGGCAUGUGGGAUGAAGUCACAAGAGUGAGGCUACAGAUGAAAGAGCAAGGAGUGAAAAAGCAAUGUGCAUAUAGUUGGAUGGAGAUUGGUAAUAAGGUGCACCACUUCCUUGGAGGGGAUAUCUCUCAUCCGGACACCAAUAAGAUUCAUUUAGAGAUUAAGAGUAUUAGCUUACAAAUGAAAGCACUGGUUAAUAUUGCAGAAAUUGAUUUGUUGUGGAGUAGUUUUGAUUGACAUAUAUCUCAAUGUGAGUUGUGAUUCCAGAUAGAAAAUGUGCAUUCAUUUGGUUACAAACCAACAAUGAUAUCUUAUGCCAAGGGGGGAAAACACAUUUCACUGUCUCUCUAGUUAUAGAAUUUUAGGAGAAACAGGGAAGCCACAACUGUUGGUAGGAACUUGUGAAAACAAGUUGUGAACAUAGCCUAUUGUUGUUCUACUUAUCUGCUAUCAACUCCUUGGCUGCUCUGUUUGUGACUGACAGCAGUGGUGACAGUUACUGAUUAUUUCGGCGUAUGCAACAAAUUUGGUGACAGGGAAGAAAUUGAUCUUCAGCCUUCUACUCAUAUACUUAGAUACUAUGUUGGCAUAGUUCCACUUUGCAUAUUAUCAGAUAGGGAACGGAAUUUAUGGUGGAAUUCAUGCUAAAAGAUAGUGCGAGUGUGUUCUACCUUAGUUGUUUCUUACCUGUGAGUGACUGUGACCAAUGUCUUAAAAAUUGUCUGAUCAAUGAAGGAACACAUGUUUUAAAGUAGCUAUGUUUGGCCUUCAAUUGCAUUGGCUCAUAACUCUGGACAAAUAGUUAUUAUCAUCUAGAUUAGGUAGGGUGGAUUAUGAUCUGGCAGGUGGUGCUGGUGGCUGGUUCUUCCAUUGGAUUCUGGCUUCAUUUGUUGCAUUUUACCUUAUCUUCGCAGGGAUGGAAUUGGUAGGGAUUACUAGGUAUCUCUUGCAUACCUGGCGGAAUCAUUGGAAGAGAUGGGACUAACUGAAUGAUAUACCUCCAUGCAACUGAGAACAUGAAAGCCGGUAUCCACUGCAUUUGCUUGAAGGACAUCAGUAAAAAUUAAGGAUCUGUUCACAUCCUUUGUCAUAGCUUUGUUUAAUUCCUAUUCCUUCAAUCUGUUGUCUAUGGUAGAAAGUUGAAAAGAAAAUGGGAUUAUAGUUUUAAUUGUAAAUCAUGUUAAAGAUGAAUGACGAAAGAAUGGAGCAAUUGGAAUAGAUUGUGUUACAUGUGACCACUUAGUUCAAAUCAACUACUUUGACCAAGAGAAGCGAAGAAGGAGAAGCUCGCUCUACUUGUAGUCAAGGGGCUCACUAGACGCCCCGUGAUCAUCAUACUCAAACUACGUGUUUUUGCAAUAUUUGUUUGCAACAUGUUCAGCUUGUGGUUAACACUUCAAAUCACAUCAAACACACUUCGGGGUUUCAUACAUACACCAUGACUCAAUUAUCUGUUCUCUUUAGCCAAGGUUCAAUUUUAUUAUUAGUCCUUAUAUUUUACAAAAGUUGUAAAUGUAAUCUUUCUACUUUAAUUUGGUCAUUCUUAUUUCUUGUACUUUUCAAUUAUUAAAAUUUUGGUCCUUACCAUACAA